AUAUGAUUAUUUUUAGUGCUGUCGGGCUAAUUUCUGUUCAAAAGCAUCUGAGGCUGAAGGUGGGCAAAUGGAGCAGCCUGCUGAUACUUCAGUCUCAGGUCCUUCCAAAAUUUCAUCAGUUAAUUUUCCCCGAAGAGUUGGAAGCAGUGCAUGGGGGAUUCCAUCUAGAUCUGAUGCAUAUCAUGCAUCAAGUGAUGCCAGCCUUUUCUCAAGCUCCUUACCUGUUCUUCGACAUGAAAAGUUGAAUUUUGCAGACUUGGAGCACAGUGGUCAAUCUGUAGAUGAUGGAUCGGCUCCCUUAAAUAAAUUACAUCAAGAUGUUGAAGGUAAGGAUUCUCUGGAAGAUGAUGGACCAAAUGCAAUUGGUAGCCUUCUUCCUGAUGAUGAGGAUGACCUUUUAGCUGGUAUCAUGGAUGAUUUUGACCUACGUGGCCUGCCUAGUCAACUAGAGGAAUUGGAUGAGUAUGAUCUUUUUGGCAGUGGAGGGGGUAUGGAAAUGGACUUUGAUCCUCAGGAGAGCAUCAAUGCGAGCAUGUCAAAGAUAACCAUAUCUGAUGGUGGUUCUGCCAAUGGGAACAGUCAGUAUGGUAUUCCAAAUGGUGUUGGAGCAGUUGCUGGGGAGCAUCCCUAUGGAGAGCAUCCUUCUAGAACAUUAUUUGUGCGGAACAUCAAUAGUAAUGUCGAGGAUUCGGAACUGAGAGCUCUCUUUGAGCAAUAUGGUGCUAUUAGGACCCUUUACACUGCAUGCAAGCACAGGGGCUUUGUAAUGAUAUCUUACUAUGAUAUCCGAGCUGCUCGGACUGCCAUGCGUGCCUUGCAAAAUAAGCCAUUGCGUCGGAGAAAGCUUGACAUUCAUUUUUCAAUACCAAAGGAUAACCCAUCAGAUAAGGAUAUUAACCAAGGAACUCUUGUAGUCUUUAAUUUGGAUCCUUCUGUGUCAAAUGAUGAUCUCCGUCAAAUAUUUGGGGCUUAUGGGGAGGUUAAAGAGAUCAGGGAGACACCUCAUAAGCGGCACCAUAAGUUUAUUGAAUUUUAUGAUGUCAGAGCGGCAGAAGCAGCUCUUCGGUCAUUAAAUAGGAGUGACAUAGCUGGGAAACGUAUAAAGCUCGAGCCUAGUCGUCCUGGGGGAGCACGUCGGAACUUGAUGCAGCAAUUGAGUCAAGAGCUGGAACAAGAUGAAACUAGGAGUUUCAGGCAUCAAGUAGGUUCACCAAUUGCCAAUUCUCCUCCAGGUAACUGGGCCCAGCUGAGCAGCCCGGUUGACCAUGGCCCUUUGCAAACUCUGAGUCAAUCCCCAGGUGUGGGAAGCAUUAGUCCUAUAGCCAGCAACCAUUUGCCUGGGUUAGCUUCAAUUUUACCACCUCUGGGAUCAAAUUCUAUAAAAAUAGCACCUAUUGGGAAGGAUCAAGGGCGGGCCGGCCAUGUUGACCAAGUAUUCAACAGUGCUAGCUCUCCUCAUGGAGCUGGCUAUCAGCAUUCUCAUCCAUUUCCAGAGUCAAAAUUGAGCCCAAGUCCUGGGAAUAUAUCUUCAUGUGGUCCUUCAACCUCUAGUGCAUCUGGUAUUGGAACAUUAUCAGGGCCACAGUUUCUCUGGGGCAGUGCCACUCCUUAUUCGGAACACACUAAUUCUUCUGCCUGGCCAACACCGUCAAUGGGACAUCCCUAUUCUUCUAACGGACAGGGACAGAGCCAUCCAUAUUCAAGUCGACAUGGUCCUUUUCUUGGUUCAUCACACCAUCACCAUCAUGUUGGGUCUGCCCCAUCUGGUGUUCCUUUAGAGAGACAUUUUGGAUAUUUCCCAGAAUCGCCAGAAACAUCCUUCAUGAGUCCAGUUGCAUUUGGAGGAAUGGGCUUAAGCCGUAAUGAUGGGGGAUUUAUGAUGGGCAUGGGUGGUCGUGUGAAUGCUGGAGUUGGUCUAUCAGGAAACAUAUCCGAAAAUGGUUCCCCCAGUUUCAGGAUGAUGUCCUCACGUAGGAUGGGACCCAUGUUCCUUGGUGGUGGUGGUCUAUAUCCUGGUCUAGGUGUCCCUGGUAUUGAUGGUUUGGCUGACCGGGGGCGGAAUUGCCGGCUUGAAAGCAAUGGAAACCAGAUAGACAGCAAGAAGCAAUACCAGCUUGACUUGGAGAAGAUUAUUAGUGGUGAAGAUACUCGUACUGCUCUAAUGAUAAAAAAUAUCCCGAAUAAGUACACCUCAAAGAUGUUGUUGGCUGCCAUUGAUGAACAUCACCGUGGUACCUAUGAUUUCCUCUACUUGCCUAUUGAUUUUAAGAACAAAUGCAAUGUAGGCUAUGCAUUCAUCAAUAUGGUGUCUCCUUCUCUCAUUAUCCCCUUUUAUGAGGCAUUCAAUGGAAAGAAAUGGGAGAAGUUCAACAGUGAGAAAGUUGCUUCUUUAGCCUAUGCUCGAAUUCAAGGCAAGGCAGCGCUUGUUACCCACUUCCAGAAUUCUAGCUUGAUGAAUGAGGAUAAACGGUGCCGCCCAAUUCUAUUCCAUUCUGAGGGCCCUGAGGGUGAUCAGAUCAUUCAGGAAACUUUUCCAUCCAAUACUAUGAAUAUCUGUAUCCGUCAGCCAGAUGGAUCAUAUAUGGGAGAUUCACCACAGAGCCCUACUGAGGGAAUUUUGGGUGAGAAACCAAGUAAGAGUUAAUACUGUUUUUUGGAAGCAGGUUGCUUUUAGCUCAAAUGAGAUGAUGGCUGUGAGUUCUAACUCUUGCGAAGAUAAAUUGUGUAUAAAAUUGGGGAGAGGUAAUUUAAAGAAAGUGUAUAUAGGCAGCAUCCGCUUAUGAAUGCACCCAGAGCAUGUCACAAGAAAUCUUUGGAUGAAGAUGCGGAGGGAGCAUUUUUUUUUAAUGUGUAGAAUGAUUUGAUAUCUAAAGAUGGGAAGACAAUAAGGUGGUGCAUGCAGGUGAAAAGUCGAUUCUCUUCGCUACCAAAUGCAUUGCUCGCCAGUUUGUGCAUGAUUCUAUCCUUACCUUUUGUUUGUAUUUUUUUUUUCUCUUAUAGGUCUUGUUGUUAGGGGUUGGGAUUGGGUUAGGUAUUUGCAAAUAUUCCUACAUGUUUAUAUGGGUAUGUGUAUGGGAAUUGAAAUUUUAGGGUUGAUCCAAGGGCCUGUUUACAAAAUUGUAUAGAGGUUGAUAACAGACCCUACUUUUGUAUUGUGCUGGGUGGUGUUCACUUGGAAUUAUGAUAUUUUUGUAUUUAAUGAAGACAUGGGCCUGUACAUAUGUUUCAUUUCA